GCCUGCGUUUUAUGUACUCUGCUCUAUUUCGCCUAUUUUUGGCCUGUAUCUACAUUCUACUCUCUCGUGCUGUUCGCCCUUUAUACAUGUGUAUAUAUAUACAUAUUCAAGAAUGUUAUGAUAUAAGAGAUCAAAGAUGAAUGGAACUUUGGUUGUACGUAUUAUAGCCUAUAAUUACAGGAGCAAAGGUGGAAUUUGCCACCUCUAGUUAUAGGAGUUGUAAUGCUGUUAUCAUUAUUGGUACUUUGGUUGUACCCAUAUGGAUACAGUAUGACGGAAAGAGAGAGAGAGAGAGAGAAGAGAGGACGUUUGGAGAGGAAGACUACAUGUCCUUGUGCAUGGAGUUCUCUUCUAAAUGCGGACCAUAUAGCACCUGGAUAUUUGAAAAUCCUAAACAAAUAAAUAAAUUCGUGAUUUGUGAAGGGCUUCUUCAUCCUUUUGUAAAUGAAAACAAAGAGAAGUUUCUCAAACAAUGAAAUUAAAUAGAGAUUUUACUAUAAAAAAAAAAAGAAGAAUAAAGAGAUAAAAAAAAAUGCCAAUUCGAGUUGAUCUUUGUUUGCAGAAUUAAUAAUAGAAAGCUCCCUGGAAUUUAACCUUAUGAAUUCUUAAAUUACAUAAAAACUUUUACUUCUUAAAGAAUUAUGGGUUAAAGAUUGAGGGACCGCAACAUCCCGUUCUAUAAUAACUAUAGCACUAAAACAUAAAUAUACCAAUAUAACUAUGAGAUGAUCAAAAUAUUUUUAGAUUAUUACAAUUUGAAGAGCUAAAUUGAAAAAUAUCAGGAAUUAAAACGGUAUUUUUAAAACAUAAUUACAGAAAGAAUUAAAGUGUUUUAGGCAUUGACCCUCAACAGUUUUUUUCUUUUGUAAAAUUUUCCCUAGUUGAAAAGAACAAAAGGAACACUCCACUUGAAUCCCUUAUGCACAACGUGCUUCAAUGUUGAUGAAAUCUUUACCUGGGAAAUGGAAGCACAAUCGAUGGAAGGUCGUGAAAUGCUACUCGACCCAUGUUCAUGUUUCAAGAAGCGACGACCCUUGUACAGUCUCUACUAACAUUGCCAUAACCCGGUACGCAAUAAAAGGCCAGUUAGACUUUGCUCGGUGCUUGUUUGAUAAGAUGCCACAACGAACAUCUGUUUCUUGGAACACAAUGAUUUCCAGUUACUUAAAAUGGGGCAAAUUCAAAGAGUCAUUUUCUCUACUUUCUUUGAUGCAUCGCUCUAAUACCCAACUAGAUGAGACUACUUUUUCUACUAUAUUAAGCGUAUGUACUCGUACGCAGUCGUUUUGUGACGGAAAGCAGAUUCAUUGCCUGGUAUUGAAAUCUGGUUGCGGGAGUUUUGAGCUUGUAGGGAGUGUGUUAUUAUAUUUUUAUGGAAAUUGUUCGCAAAUUGACGAUGCCAAGAGGGUUUUUGAUGAGUUACACGAUAAGAAUGAGGUGGUGUGGAGUUCGAUGGUGGUAUGUUAUGUGCAGCGUGGACUAUUAACUGAUGCUUACGAUUUGUUUGUGAAAAUGCCUAAGAAAGAAGUUGUUUCAUGGAGCAAGCUGAUUUCGGGGUACGCAAAGAGUGAGGUGCGUUCUGAAAAGGCUUUGGAGUUAUUCCAAUUAAUGAGAGAGAGUGGAGAGGUUUUACCUAAUGAGUUUACUUUGGAUUCUGUUAUAAGGGUUUGUGGUAAGCUUGGUGCUUUAAGCGAAGGGAUGGUUGUUCAUGGGAUUUUGAUAAAAACUGGCUUUGAAUUUGAUCAGUCAAUUAGUGGCGCAUUGGUUCAGUUUUAUUGUGAUUGUGAAGCUAUUGAUGAUGCUAAGAGAAUUUAUGAUGGAAUAGCUUACCCAUGUUCAAGUGCUUCAAAUUCUCUGAUUGAGGGGUAUGUAUUGCUAGGUAGGAUUAAAGAUGCAGACCUGAUCUUUAACAGAGCGACAGAGAAAAAUUCGGCUUUGUGUAAUUUGAUGGUCAAAGCUUAUUCAAUGAGCGGUCGAGUUGAGGACUCGAAAACACUGUUUGAGAAAAUGCCUCAAAAAACUAUUAUUUCUUCAAAUACUAUGAUCUCCGUGUAUUCAAGGAAUGGUGAGCUUGACAAGGCUUUGAUGCUUUUUGAACAAACAAAAGAUCAGAGAAACCCUGUGACCUGGAACUCAAUGCUGUCAGGCUAUGUGCAAAAUGAGCAGCACGAAGAGGCUCUAAAGCUGUAUGUAACCAUGAAAAGAUCAUCAGUAGACUGUACUAGAUCUACAUUCUCUGUGCUAUUUCGUGCCUGUUCAUAUAUUGGAUCACUUCAACAAGGGAAAAUGCUUCAUGCUAACUUGAUUAAAACACCAUUUGCAUCAAAUGUUUAUGUUGGGACUUCACUUGUAGAUAUGUAUUCCAAAUGCGGGAGUAUCUUUGAUGCUAAAAACUCCUUUUCAAGCAUAUCUGCACCCAAUGUGGCAGCAUGGACAGCUCUUAUAAAUGGGUAUGCACAUCAUGGAUUUGGCUCCGAGGCGAUUUUACUCUUUCAACAUAUGCUAGAGCAAAAAGUAGUCCCUAAUGGAGCUACUUUUGUUGGUAUCCUAACUGCUUGUGAUCGUGCUGGUCUGGUCAAUGAAGGGAUGAAUUUUUUCCUCUCAAUGGAUGAAAUUUAUGGAGUAACUCCAACUCUAGAACACUAUGCUUGUGUUGUAGGUCUUCUUGGCCGGUCAGGGCGCCUACUUGAAGCUGAGGAGUUUAUCAAAGCAAUGCCAAUUGAAGCAGAUGGAGUUAUUUGGGCAGCCUUGCUCAGUGCUUGUUGGUUCUGGGUGGACAUGGAAGUAGGCGAAAGGGUGGCUGAGCAAAUAUUCCAUACGCAUCCCAAGCCAAAAUCAGCUUAUGUCAUUUUGUCCAACAUUUAUGCAGCUUUGGGGAAGUGGGGAAAGAAGAUGAAUAUGAGGAACAGAUUAAGGAACUUAGAGGUCAAAAAGGAUCCUGGGUGUAGUUGGAUAGAGCUGAAUAAUAGACUCCAUGUGUUCUCUGUAGAAAACAGAAGUCAUCCACAUUGUAAUGUAAUUUACCCCACUUUAGAGCAUCUAUCUGUGAAUUUAAUCUCUACAGUUCAAUUUAAUAGUGGUUCUUCUUUACUGAAGAUGAUGGUUUGUUUUAGCGCAACCUGUGAUUAUUAACCAAGCUUACUUUUAGUUGUCUGGUCUAGUUAUCAACUGUCUGGAUUACUGAUGAAAAGAAUUAUCACCAGGCGCUGUCAUAUAAACUCACAUGGUGAAGGCUCAUGGUCCUCCAGACCUCUGUGCAUAUCUGUCACAAUUCCUUUCUGAUGCGAGUGCUUUUCUGGUGGCUUUACUGGAAUUUGCAUUCGAAUUUGGUUGUCUUUGUCAAGAUGUAAGGUUUCCUUCAGUGCAUCUCUUACAGACUGCAGAAGCUGUUCCAUUCAUUCAAGAAGUCACUUUUCAGAAUCUUUCUGAGGGCUCUAUUUAAUUUUCAUAUACAAUCAAGUUAGAACAAAUUCAAUCUGUUUUCCAAAAGGGUGGACUCAAAUCACAAGUUCUUAGUACAGAUGUUGUUCUCUAUGCCUGAGCAAUAUAUUCUUUCAAAUUCUUGAA